AACGCAUUGAGCGGCUUGAACACUCAGUCUCUCUUUUUGUUGUUUUUUUUCUUCCCCAAAAGCUCAAAACAGAAGAUGCCCGCUCCAGCGUUUGCUCGGGUGGUGCCGCGAAUCCCAACUCAGAAUUCGUUCGAAGCGCUGGAAGGGCUGGAAGGGCUGGACGACAGCGAGACCGCGGCCUUUGUGCAACCCAAGCCAGCGUCGGCCUCACGACAAGAGUCACGCCGUCAGCAGCUGAGGCAGCAGUCGGCGGUGGCUGAGCUGGCAACAGAGGCUGAGCAAGCAACCGCGUCGUCGCAUGUGGCCAUUGCAAUGAAUGACGCCGACAACUCCGACAGCGCCGACGACGACGAGGACACCAGCUCAUCAUGCCAGCCAGUCGACCUCGAACAAGGGCACGCACAGCAUCCGUCUCGCGCAUCUUCCUCGUCGCAGUUGGAUGCGGCAGCACCAGCAGCGGAGUCGCGGUCUCGCGCCAAACCACGACGAAAUAACCGCCAACCCACGACGGCUGAUUCCUCUUCUGCUGCCGCACCGUCCUCCUCCUCCUCCUCCUCCUCCUCCUCCUCCUCUUCCUCCUCCUCGUCGCCCUUCGUCACAGCCAUGCGUGAGCAGACCCGCGACAUGCGCCAAAUAGUCGGCUCGCUCUACGCCUUGCUCUUCACCCGCGUCCCAAUCCUCAACAGACUCUCGCCUCGGAUAGUCAAGAUUCUACUAGCAUGCUUAAUCUUGGACGUCAUCGUGCCCGACGACUAUGAUUUCGAGUCAGAAGACUGGGGCUGCUUUGCCGGCGUAACAGAGGACAAUCCAUUCUGUCCGACGGUCGAGCUCCUGGACGACAUGGAUGAUUUUGUUGGCUCUGUCGCUGCCGCCAUGGACGGUGCCAUGGAGUCGUUUGUAAGCCAUCUGACCGACGAGAUGGACUGGCUGGAGCUCAUUUCCGCGUUCAAGCAACACUUCUUGCCUAAUGUGCAUCCCAUGACCAUGCACGGACUACGGGGGUCCUUGUCAUUCGCUUUGAGCUAUGUGAGGCUCAUAGUCGCCCAUGCUGUUGCGUAAGCCGCCACGAAAAAAAAAAAAAAACAAACAAACAAACCCCCCCCCCUAUUUUUGAUGGAUGUUUCAUUCCCUGUCGACUGGCCCAACCGCCUGUCGGCGUUCACCCUUGUGCUGAGGGUGCCAAAUAUUCGAUACAUGUACAUGAUUGUUUGUACGCAUUUUCGCUGCUUUAGGAUCGUUUGUUAAAAUAUUAAUUGUUGAUUUUUCACGAA